AUGCCGACGCUUGAAAUUACUAAUUUCAAUAUUGUAUGCUCCGUGCUAGGAGGGUUUAUCACCCUCUUUGGGCUGGUAUCGUAUCUGUUCAAGGAGCGGUUUUAUCUUUCUGAGGCUUUGAUAUCAACGCUGGCAGGCGUUGCAUUCUCGCCUCAUGCAACCAACUUUAUCAAACCGAUGGACUAUGCAAUGGGCUCUCAGGCCAACCUAGACGCCAUCACCAUGUACUUUACCCGUCUCGUGCUGGGUGUCCAGCUAGUCAUUGCAGGUGUCCAACUACCAGGACGUUAUCUACAGACCGAAUGGAAGAGUUUGACUCUUCUGCUCGGUCCCGCAAUGGCUAUCAUGUGGCUUUCGAGCGGAUUACUAAUCUGGGGUCUUGUGCCUAAUAUCUCCUUGAUUCAGGCCCUGGCAAUUGGCGCAUGCGUCACGCCGACCGAUCCAGUCUUGUCCAACUCUAUCGUCAAGGGAAAAUUCGCCGAUAAGAAUAUUCCGCGGCCUUUGCAGAGAAUCAUCAUUGCCGAGUCUGGAGCCAAUGACGGGUUGGGAUACCCGUUUUUAUUCCUGGCGCUUUAUCUGAUGAAGUAUACCCAGGGACCGGGAUUUGAUGGUGGGGGAGGCAAGGCGAUUGCAUUGUGGGUGUAUGAGACGCUGGUUUAUGAGAUUUUGUUGAGUGUAGUGUAUGGUGCGGUGGUGGGAUGGUUGUCUAUGAAGUUGCUUCAUUGGGCGGAGGAGAAGCGAUAUGUCGAUAGGGAGAGUUUUCUUGUUUUUGCGAUUUCGCUCGGUCUAUUCAUCAUGGGUACAUGUGGUUUGAUUGGCACUGAUGAUUUGCUUGCCUGUUUCAUAGCUGGAAACGCAUUCACCCAUGAUGACUGGUUCCGACUCGAAACAAUGGAUGACUCCCUCCAACCUACGAUCGAUAUGCUGCUCAACUUAGCUAUCUUCGUCUGGUUUGGGGCCGUCUGUCCCUGGGCUCAAUUCGCGCAUAACGAUAUUGUUCCUAUUUACCGGUUAGUAGUUUUAGGAAUUCUGAUACUACUAUUCCGUCGUCUACCAAUUGUGUUUGCGAUGCACAAGUACAUUCAUCAAAUUGAACAAAUUUCUCAGGCGCUCUUUGUGGGAUUUUUCGGUCCUAUUGGCGUUGGUGCUAUUUUCUACCUGUCGGUUUGCCGUCAAUUUCUACUGGAGGAAAUGAUUGUCGAUGGAGAAGUACGGGCUGAUGCCGCCAGGACGGCGGAGGUGACUUAUAUCGUGGUUUGGUUUUUGGUUAUCUGUAGUAUUUUCGUGCACGGCCUCAGCGUCCCCCUCGGCAAAGCAGGUUAUCACAUCCCACGCACAAUCUCAACAGCGCUUAGCUCUGCAUCUGGAGAACAAGAAGCGAUUCGGCUUCCCAGCAGUUCUAACACUCACAGCACGGCAACACCACAAUCGCACCGCGGUCUACGCUUUUAUCGAAAGCGAGGCAAAGCGCCGAGUCCACGUGAGCCUCCUCGGAUUGUGUUCCAGAUUGCUGGCUCUCCGCAGCGAGGUGAAGAACAACAGGGAGAUCAGCAGGCGCAACAGCAACGCGAAGGCGUCGAAGGCGCGGCUGCUGCUAAUGUGGGUCCGGAGGAGACGCUGUCGCCGCUGUCGACGCUACCGACUGUACCUACGCCGGUGACAAUUCAUGAGCCCAGGAGACCGAUUAGGUUGAUGAGUGAUGAUGGGCAGGUGACGGAGACGUUGAAUGAUUAUGAAUGA